GUGAGGUGGGAGGUGGGAGGUGGUUUGGUUGGGUUGGUUUGGAGGAAGCUCAGCUCAGCUAUGACUCGACUCGAUCCCGUGGCGUGGCGGUUGCCGCGCUGCGUUGGGCUUGGCGGGGUAAUUGUCUGCCUGUCUGCCUGUCUGCCUGACGUUUACCCCGGUCUGUGCCUCAGGCUGCCACGGCUGCAGGUGGGGUCGAGGGCUAGGCUAUGGCCAUGCCAUGAUGCAGGGAUGCUAUCAUGGUGACUCAGGAUCUAGAUUUUGCACGCAGGGUGUGGACUAGUGCUUGCUUGGGUUUGUUUUGCUUGGCUUGUUCCGGGGUUGGUUGGGUGCGCUAGUCAUGUAUGAGUAGUUCAAGGCUCGCUGGUUUUUGGGGUGGGGUUGACGGUGCUGUUUGAGUGGCGAG